AGCGAUGGCUAAGGGGAAGGGGAAGGCUGAUGGUGAUGGGUGCUCUCGUGAGAGGACCAUUUCCUGGGCUGAUGAUCAGACCAAGUUUAUGUUGGAUUGGUGCAUUGAAUACAUGAAGGAACAACAUGCAGAAUUUAGGUUCAGGAAGCAUCAUCUCAUUAAGUGUGCUGAUGCUUUAAAUAGGAAAUUUUCUAUGGGGGUCACAAUUGCUCAAGUUGAUCGAUACCGACACUUCAGACACUACAAAGAAAAUUGGAAGUACAUUGCUGCAGCAAUUAGCAAGAGUGGCAACGUUUUCGAUGAUAUUAGAUGUGUGAUAACCAUUUCCGAGUCUGAAAAGUCUUGCCUCAAUGAUAGAGCAAGGCGCUUGCUUUCUAAGCCCAUCAAGUUCUACUAUGAGAUGCAAGAGCUAUUCACAGGCACUAGUGCUGAUGGUUCUUUGGCCAUGGAUCAUCAUACAUGCACAAUUGAUUCUGAUGACUCGGAUAAUGAUGAAGGGUUGUAUGACCUUAACUGCUAUCCACAAUAUGAGGGCCCUUUUGAGGAGGAUUCUGACACUUUGCCAACAACACAUGGCCCUAAAAGACCUCCAGUUCAUGUCGGUGCUGAUAAUUCCUCAUCUAGCACUAGCCGAGUUGGUACGAAGCGCCCAAGAGGUAGCAGGUCACCUAGUAAGAAGCGACAAAAUAUCAAGAGUCGUUUCGCGGAGUCUGCUGAAGAAAUCAACUCUACAUUGAAGUCACUCCAGCAAUCUCUUGCUGCCCCUGCUCCUCAAAUGCCCCAAGUAAUUGAUCCAUAUGCUAGUUUAUGGCAUAGGUUGGAGGUACUCCCAAUUACCAUGGAUCAAAGAAUUACUGUUGGUAUGCACUUGUCUAGCAAGGAAAAUGAAGGUUUGCAUGGUUGGUUAUGUUGUGCAAGUGACAAAACUUUUGAAACUUGGGUUUGGAAGUUCUUUGACAAAUAUGAUGUUUAGGAGAUAGCAACCUAUGUGGUUUGCUAGUUGCUCACUUGUGAUGUUUAGAAGAUGGGAACUUUUGGUAUUUAGGAGAUUCCGAUGUGUCUGCUUGCUGCUUUUGGGAGUUGAACUUGUGCUACACCU